GCUCAAGCCAGUUUAUCUCAAGACGCAUCACGCUUUUAGCGCACGCAGCUUUUGCGCAGCUGCUCCAAAUAGCCUGGAGAAGGUUACGCGUCAAGAUGGUUGGCCUUACGUUCGCCCGAACAGCACUGAUGAUCGUUGGGGUCACGCUGAUGAACAUCUUGUCGGUGAUGGGACCAGGCUCCUGCUUAGCUGCUUGGGGAUGGGUCGCGGCAGGUAAAGAAGCUCCAGAGCUCACGCAGAAGAUGGCCGAAGCUGUAUGGUCUUGCAUUGAGCCACUUGUUGGCGUCGAUGGUGCUAUGUCGGACAAGUACCGCAAGGAGAACGACCUGAAGUACGGCGACGAGGCACUGAACGAGUGGUUCCUGGAGAAGACGAAGUGCCACGUCAAGCCCAACGAGGGCUACACCUGUGAUAUCGCCGAGACAAGUCUUGUUGGCGAGCCCAUAGAGGGCGUGCACAAGUCGCUGAAGGCGAACGAGCUCAUCAAAGGCGCCGCUCUCGGACCGCAGUGCACUAACACGGGCUACCCAGGUGCUGCCAUCGAUUGUCAGCUCGUCUGGGAGAAGGAACCGGCCUGCACAAAGCGAGAAGGUGCAGAAGGUCAGCAGGAGAAAAAGGGCGCCCAGUGUUGCUGCAUGCAGUGAUCUUGUUCGAGAGACGGGGCGCUCUUCUCCCCAUUGUGCAUUCCGUCCCACUUUGUUUAUACCACUCAGUGGAGGCACAGAGCGCCAGCGCGUGCGAAUAAGCCGACGCGCGACGAACUGUCUUCUGCAUGCCCUCUUCAAGGCGCCUCGAGACUACGUAUUCGAGCAACUUUUUUGGAGCCUGCCCCGGUGCACGAAGGGGGCGGCAAGUUCCUCUAUGCCUAUCCCUAUCUCCUUUUAUCCAUAUCCUCAUCCUAGAUCCCGAUCCCCAUGCCCAUCCCGAUGCCAAUCCCUAUCCCUAGCCCUACAUCUUCGUAUAUCGCGCAAUUGCGCUGAACUUUUUAUUUGGCACGUGCGCUGAACUUCUAUGUUGCCUACGCGUCCCCCUGAAUUCCUCUGAGCCGCUGGCGGCGUUUCCUGGUCCUGGGCGUCCGCCGCGGGUUCCGUGGGCCUAUAGGGGCCCACCUCGGUCCCAGGAGAAUCGGGUCUGCUAGGGUUGGCAGGCGCUGGCGAGAGGCAUCGACGAGGCAGUGCGUUCAAAGGGAUUCGACCCUCCCGCUAACGGCCCGCGAGGCCGAAGCUCAGACAAACCUCUUGUGGAGCGACGAAACGCGAACAGGGACAAAGCAGGGGUAGAAACAUAUUUUCUCUGUCAGUCGAUGGGUCCGCAUCGAAUGGUUCUGUCGUUUCACUGCUUGAGCUCAUCAACCUCCUUCUGUUGCUCACUUUGCUUUGUAUGUCCAAUUUCCCUCCGCCUUGUCCUUCAGGAACUCGUUGCAGCAACGGAGAUCUAUAUCAGCUGGUCCUUCCGAGGAGUUUUUAUUGCUUAUUCUGGCUGGGACAGUUGCAGUGCCCCGCGAAGCAGGCAUGUGCGCACCGAGGCGUGAGCGGCCCUGGACACAUUAUGGGCGUGCUUGCUGCGGUCCUCGGCUUGGUCUCACGGCUAAGUCCUAAUGUUCUGAUAUGGGGGACUUUUGCUGCAUGAGGCCCUGGAUACACGAUGGGUUCAACCGUGCGCGCAGUUGGCCUCCCGUUAAAUCGGCAAAGUAGGCAAAUUAUUGCUGCGUAGUUCUAUACGUAUGUAUAUGUAUGUACGCAUCUAUGCGUGUAUAAGCUCCAACAGGCAUCCAAGAGACCUUGUCUGAGCUGGCUUGAGUUAGUCCGCGCAAUGUCUAAUCGGACUUCGCUCAGCGUAGCUUCGCUACGCUCGUGCAAGGGGACCCCCCUAUGCCACUCAUGUUCUUUUCAUGCUGUUUCACCUUGUUUCACCUAGUGGUUCCCCCAAGGGGUAUGGACUGCCUGGGUGGUCGCAUGUUUGAACCAUCCAGUCGUCUUCUUGGUCACCGG